GCAAUGACGACACGUACGUUGAGAACAGAGCUGACCUCAACGACCAGGAGAAUGGCGCAGUUUCUGGAGAUCGCGAUACAUUGGAACCUGAAGCAUCGACAGACUACGACUCAAAUGAUCAUCAUGACUUACACCAGACUUCAAGCUCGACAAACGAG